AUGGCGGGAGCCGUGGCCGUGCUGUCGGUGAUCAGUCUUGCCCCGUCGGCCAGCAGAAUUACGCUCAAUAAGCGAUCUGCGCUCGCGGCGCACGGGUCGCACGUCGUGCUCGACUUUGAGGGCUUUGCCGUCGAGCCGGCUGCCGCGGGGAGGUGGACGCUCGCCACGCUAGAGGCGGCAGCAGCCGCACAUGGCGCUACCGUUGUCCACUCCAAGCUAGUGUUGCUCGGAGAGGACGGAACGACGCCGCCAGGGUUCACGGCGGCGGUGCUGCUCGAUGAGUCGCACGCCACCGCCCACUGCUACUCGGAGCACGGCUGGUUGGCCGUGGAUGUCUUCACCUGCGGCGCGCAGGCGGACACGCUCGGGUUUGCCGACGCUGUGCGCCGGAAAGUGGAGGGCUACGUGCCAGGCGUGCGGUGCACGCAGCAUGCCUCCAUCGAUCGAUUCCUGCACAGAGAGCUCGAGCUUGAGGACAUGCGUGCAACCGCCGAUCCAACCCGCCUAAAAAGCUGCUAA